AUGGAUCACAACUUUCAGCAAGCAGCUCAACAGGGCGGCGAUAUAACAACUAACGAUGACAAUACUAUCACACGCAGUAAUCUGCGCAACUGUGCUAUUACCAGCUCCUACGUGAAGCGUAGCACCUUUGACGACUGCGUUCUGGUGCGGGUGCUCUCAGCGUCUCGCUCGACAGGGAAAAAGUCCCACUUUCACAACGUGACGUCUGUGAAGCGCAGCGAGGUAAAUGACAGUACGCUUAUUGAAAAGAGCUCUGCACAUCGAAGUACGAUCAAAACCUCUACAGUCCGAGAUGCGAGUACCAUAACGACAAGCGCUGUGACUGGAUCGACUAUCUCACACAGUCAGCUCCGCAGGGCGAAAGUCAAAGAUUGUGACGUGGAGGAUUGCAUAAUCUCUCGAUCUUCUUUCGAGGGUAUGGUUCUGAAAUAUGGGGUGUGGAAAAGAGGCCAGCUUAUAGGGAAGAUCGGGGAUAAAGAGGUGGUCGCUUUUCAGAAAGAUGAUCCACGUCUCACUUCGAGUCGUGGUGCCGGACCAUCUUCAAACAUCCCUCCUAUAUCAGAGCUUGAUUCUAAAUCGAAAGGCCCGCUACCGAUUCACAAUUUAGACCGCAUCGAUUCAGCCGAGAGUGCUCAAAGUGAAGAUUCUGAUCGCUCAGAAGAUCUCCCUCCUCCUUACAAGGUUUGA